CUCUACGCUCCAAUAAAUUGGAAUUUCUUCCUGAAGAGAUUGGACAAAUGCAGAAACUAAGAGUCUUAAAUUUGAGCGACAACAGAUUGAAGAAUUUACCAUUCUCAUUUACCAAACUUAAAGAGCUUGCAGCUUUGUGGCUUUCUGAUAAUCAGUCUAAAGCCCUUAUCCCUUUACAAACUGAAGCCCAUCCAGAAACAAAGCAAAGAGUAUUGACUAACUACAUGUUUCCCCAGCAACCUCGUGGUGAUGAAGAUUUCCAGUCAGACAGUGACAGCUUUAACCCUACACUGUGGGAAGAACAGAGACAACAACGCAUGACUGUUGCCUUUGAAUUUGAAGAAAAAAAAGAAGAUGACGAAAAUGCUGGGAAAGUUAAGGAUCUCUCCUGCCAAGCCCCCUGGGAAAGGGGCCAGCGUGGGAUUACUCUCCAACCUGCCAGACUGUCUGGCGAUUGCUGCACACCAUGGGCCAGGUGUGAUCAGCAGAUCCAAGAUAUGCCCGUCCCCCAGAAUGACCCACAGCUGGCAUGGGGUUGUAUAAGUGGCCUCCAGCAAGAAAGGAGCAUGUGUACUCCAUUGCCAGUGGCAGCACAGUCCACCACUCUUCCCUCUCUAAGUGGCAGACAGGUUGAAAUAAACCUAAAACGAUAUCCAACUCCUUACCCAGAGGAUUUAAAGAAUAUGGUAAAAUCUGUUCAAAAUCUGGUGGGUAAGCCAAGCCAUGGAGUGCGUGUUGAGAAUUCAAACCCAACUGCUAACACGGAGCAAACUGUGAAAGAAAAAUAUGAACACAAGUGGCCGGUAGCCCCAAAGGAGAUUACAGAUUCUUUUGUUCAUCCAGCUAAUGAAAUGAGGAUUGGGGAACUUCACCCUUCAUUAGCUGAAACCCCUCUGUACCCACCCAAACUUGUUCUGCUAGGGAAGGACAAAAAAGAAUCAACUGAUGAGUCUGAAGCUGACAAAACUCACUGUCUGAAUAACAGUGUUUCCUCAGGCACUUACUCAGACUAUUCGCCUUCCCAGGCCUCCUCAGGAUCCUCUAACAACCGAGUUAAAGUGGGGUCCUUGCAGACAACAGCUAAAGAUGCAGUACAUAAUUCUUUAUGGGGUAACAGGAUUGCACAAUCUUUCCCACAGCCUCUUGAUUCAAAGCCAUUACUUAGUCAGCGGGAGGCUGUUCCCCAAGGGAAUCUACCGCAGCUUCCUGACCGGCUGCCCAUGAGUGAUGCUUUCACUGACAACUGGACUGAUGGCUCACAUUAUGAUAACACAGGGUUUGUAGCUGAGGAAACCACAGCCGAGAAUGCCAACAAUAAUCCUCUCCUAAGUUCAAAAUCUAGAAGCACAGCUUCCCAUGGACGCAGGCCUUUGAUCAGGCAGGAUAGGAUUGUUGGUGUUCCCCUGGAACUUGAGCAGUCGACACACAGACACACACCAGAAACAGAAGUGCCUCCUUCCAAUCCUUGGCAGAAUUGGACCAGAACCCCUAGUCCUUUUGAAGACAGGACCGCCUUUCCUUCCAAGUUAGAGACAACCCCCACUACCAGCCCCUUGACUGAAAGGAAAGAACAUAUAAAAGAAUCUGCCGAAAUACCUAGUCCUUUUUCUCCAGGAGUACCAUGGGAGUAUCAUGAUUCCAAUCCCAACAGGAGUCUUAGUAAUGUCUUUUCUCAAAUCCACUGCCGCCCAGAAACUUCUAAAGGUGUUAUCUCAAUUAGCAAAAGCACAGAGAGGCUUUCCCCGCUAAUGAAAGAUAUAAAAUCCAAUAAAUUCAAAAAGUCACAGAGUAUUGAUGAGAUUGACAUUGGUACCUACAAGGUUUAUAAUAUACCAUUAGAAAACUAUGCUUCUGGGAGUGAUCACUUAGGAAGCCACGAACGACCAGAUAAAAUGUUGGGACCAGAGCAUGGUAUGUCCAGUAUGUCUCGAAGCCAGUCAGUCCCGAUGUUGGAUGAUGAGAUGCUCACUUAUGGAAGCAGUAAAGGGCCACAACAACAAAAAGCUUCUAUGACAAAAAAAGUCUAUCAGUUUGACCAAAGCUUCAAUCCUCAAGGUGCAGUGGAAGUUAAAGCCGAAAAGAGGAUACCGCCCCCUUUUCAACACAAUUCUGAGUAUGUUCAACAGCCGAGCAAAAACAUGGCCAAGGAUUUGAUUAGUCCUAGAGCUUACAGGGGAUACCCACCAAUGGAGCAAAUGUUUUCAUUUUCCCAGCCAUCCGUUAAUGAGGAUGCUGUGGUGAAUGCCCAAUUUGCAAGCCAAGGUGCCAGGGCGGGCUUCUUGAGAAGAGCCGACUCCCUGGCCAGCUCCACCGAAAUGGCCAUGUUUAGGAGGGUCAGUGAGCCCCACGAGCUGCCUCCGAGUGAUAGGUACGGCAGGCCUCCAUAUAGGGGAGGGCUGGAUCGCCAGAGCAGCGUUUCAGUGACUGAGUCCCAGUUCCUGAAGAGGAAUGGCAGGUAUGAAGAUGAACACCCUUCAUAUCAAGAAGUGAAAGCUCAGGCGGGAAGUUUUCCAGUUAAAAACCUUACCCAAAGGAGGCCAUUGUCUGCAAGAAGCUACAGUACAGAGAGUUACGGUGCCUCCCAAACCAGGCCAGUUUCAGCUAGGCCUACUAUGGCAGCUCUUUUGGAAAAAAUACCAUCUGACUAUAACUUGGGUAACUAUGGUGACAAGCCAUCAGAUAACAGUGAUAUAAAGACGAGGCCUACUCCUGUGAAGGGAGAGGAGAGCUGUGGUAAAAUGCCUGCAGACUGGAGACAACAGCUGCUUAGACAUAUAGAAGCUAGAAGGUUAGACAGGACCCCGUCCCAGCAAAGCAACAUUUUAGACAAUGGACAAGAAGAUGUAUCUCCUAGUGGCCAAUGGAAUCCUUAUCCACUUGGGAGGCGGGAUGUACCUCCGGACACCAUUACUAAAAAGGCAGGCAGCCACAUCCAGACUUUGAUGGGGUCCCAAAGUCUUCAGCAUCGCAGCCGGGAGCAGCAGCCAUAUGAGGGAAAUAUAAACAAAGUGACCAUCCAGCAAUUUCAGUCACCAUUGCCUAUUCAGAUCCCCUCUUCACAGGCCACCCGGGGACCUCAGCCUGGACGGUGCUUAAUUCAAACUAAAGGGCAAAGGAGUAUGGAUGGCUAUCCAGAGCAGUUUUGUGUGAGAAUAGAAAAGAAUCCUGGCCUUGGCUUUAGUAUCAGUGGUGGAAUUAGUGGACAAGGAAAUCCAUUCAAACCUUCUGACAAGGGUAUCUUUGUUACUAGGGUUCAGCCUGAUGGGCCAGCAUCCAACCUACUACAGCCUGGUGAUAAGAUCCUUCAGGCAAAUGGACACAGUUUUGUACAUAUGGAACAUGAAAAAGCUGUAUUACUACUGAAGAGUUUCCAGAACACAGUAGACCUAGUUAUUCAACGUGAGCUUACUGUCUAAAUAUUUUUUAUAAAUAGUGAAGAUACGUCUAGCCAGACCUAAUGUUCAAAGAUAAAUUUAUACAUAGAAACAAAUUUUGCCAAUUGCUGGACCAAUGGCAAACAUUAGUGCCAAAUGUAUAAUAGUAUAUGUUAGCACUGAUCAUCCUUAAAAAUGUUAACUCUAUAAAUAUGAUGUUUAUGUGGUUAUGUAUUAGUUUUAAUUGUCAGCCUCUGGCUGUGCAUUGGUGCAGUUUUGUUUUUGUUUUUGUUUUUGUUUUUUGAUCAAAUAAGUUUCUUCUCAAAGUGGAUUUCAUAUAAUUUCAGAGCACGGAAGCACACACAAGCUCUUUACAAAUUCUGCACUCCAUCAGAAACACUGCCUCAAAGUUGUAUAUGCCUUUAUAUAGGAAGUACAAAUAUAAAGAAUUGUAAUUCCCAUAAAAUAUUUCUAGCACAAGGUAUAUGUUGGCAUAUAUACAAAAAGAAUAUAUAGAAAAACAAUAUUUUCAUAAAUUAAACAUCUCGGAUUGAGAAAGAAAAUAUAUCUUAAAAUAAGACUUUACUACAUUAAAUCUUUUUCAAUAAAAAUUCAUGAUAAUGCCUUAUGAAAGUAACUGUACAUAUGGUAUAAAGUGUUUAUAUUUGGUUCCAUAUUCAUUUGCUAAAUUCUCAUAACACAGAGUGAAAUAUUUCAUAAAUUAGCCAUUUAUCUCUGGGACCUGGAUAACAAUAGGAUAACUAAUUUGUUCAAUGCCUUUAGCUAAUUACACUAUGUGCAGAGUUAAGAAACAGACUAAAGGUCAUUACAGAUAAAUCUUUUUCACCAUAAAUUUAAGCAGUGAAUGAUGGGUGGCAGGAAAGAUAUUGCUUUAUUUCUUUCAAGUUUAUGUUGAUUAUAAACUGUAGACCCUGUGAUUUCUUUACUUGUAAAUGUGGAAUUUAUUUGUGUGUUGCUUUCUUUAAUUUGCUACGUUUAAAUCUUUUAAAAUGAGUUUUGGGAAUUGAUAAAGUUCAUCUUAAGAAUGACUGUUAGAAAGUUGUAGGUGGUUAAAAAAAGUUGGUAUUUAAAUAUGAAACUUCAAAUAUAAUUUCUCAGAGCUGUGGUCUACCUGCAUUAUUAAUUUCAAUGCCUGUUUUGGGGGGUAGAAGUAGAUAAAGCACUUUUUUUUUUUUUUCAAAAAAGUUUCAAGGUAUAUAAAAUCCUGAGUGCUGUCUCAUUGGAGAGAAAGACAAGCAUAGUUAAUAUAGAAUUACUUACUUUUACAUUGGAACUGCUUUUCUCUAUAAAUGAUCAAAAUUCAUUUUAAAAUCUUUUAAAAUAUUUCUUUUUUAUAUGUCCUUAAUUUGAUUGAAAUAUUAAAUACCAGUACAAUUCCCCAGAGUUGAUUGUAUAUAUUCUCUCUCAUAUUUCCACAUAGCUCUUUUUUUUUAAUAUAAUGAAUUUACUUUACAUGCUAGUGUUUCAAGUAUUCUAUUAGAAUUUUCUCAGUAGUAUCACAAAUUGAUGGCACCAAAGCUCUGAGAAUAAUAUUUGUAGGUUAACUGUUUUAUGGGGACAUUGAAAAUAUUGUAUUUUUAUAGGGUCUAUUAAAAUGAGUGUCACUUAUUAGAAGUACAGUGGUAUUUUUUUGGCAAUAGAAUUUAUCACUUGAAGGCAAAUGAUAAUUCACUUUAUAGAUGAUGCACUAAUUUUGAUGUUGCUUUAUGGCAGGGUGACAUUAUACCAUGAUUUUAAAGGGUUUGACAAUUAGCUAAUAAUUAAAUGACUGGCCUAUUUAGUAUGUU